UUUUGAUGAGAGCUUCUCCUGCUCGGACCGGCAGCGCACAAAAUGACAGGAACGUGGUCUUAAAAUAGUUUUUUUUUUUUUGCUUUUGCCAAGCGGACAUCACGUGCUUCCCACCACAUGAAGGCCGGAGAGUUUACGAGCGUUUAACAAGAAGUCGUGAAAUUGUUUUUGUUGUCGCUGUUUUGUAAAUGGUUAUUUUCUGUUAUGGAGGUCUGCCCCAGCACCUGCAUAUGGAAACAGCUGCUUAUUAAUCCAGCUCAGGUCUCAGUUUUGUUCAUCAAAAGUUGUUUUAGCCAUGUUUUAUGAAAUCCAGUAAGAUCGCAUUUUAAAACCACUUGUUUUUGAAUGGAGUUUGGUAUGACAACCAUGAUGCAAUCACCGUUAAAAAUCCCAAAGAAGAAACAGCCAAGUGAAUCCACCCACCUGCACCUGCAGUCACCACUGUCCCACCUGCGGAGCCCUGCCUCACAAUUUAAGAGUUGUGGAGAUCAUCCCAGCAGAGGGGGAGCUGACAGUACGCAUUCUGGGAACACACAGGGCUCACACAGACGGAGUUCGUCUUUCUGUGAGCACACAGUGUAAACACCAGCCCAGAGACGUGAUGAAAACGCCGGCGAAACGCAACAGUCCAAACAGGUGUACAGCGUCAGCAGCCAAUGACAGAUCACCAGGAGGCUUGAGGAGCGAACAGCUGUUACAGACAGCACUCACGUUCUCAAUCAUACCGCUAAACCGACGGCCGCCCAGGAGGUCGUCAGGCCUACUGCCGAAGCGUGUGGUGACCUUCACGCAUCUGUCUCCAGCACAGGAGAACAGUGUUGAAUCCUCCGGUUCUCCCUCGUUGACUGACGCUGCCUCUAUGCUGUUGAUUGACACUCUGCUAAAGCUGUAUCCUGAAGAGCAUGCUGGGAGUCCUUUGACAGAGGGAGUGAGAACGCCAACGAGAGUCGAGACUGGCGCAGGUGUGGCGAGACGGGACCCUGCUGAAGGGAAGAGCAAAAGAGGAAUCUCUUCUGACUCUUCUCUGAAGCCGAACAACAGCUCGACUCUCUCGAGUUCAGAUCAGAUGUCAGAUGCGCCCAGAACUGUCUUCCGGAGACCUCCAUCCUGCUCGGUGAAGACGUUGAAGACAACGCCGGACAGGAAGCGGAGUCUGGACAGGACGGUGUGGAUGGCUGCCAGCAGUAACCUGAAGGAGGAUGUGAGGGAGAAGAAGAGACAGAGGUGGAGGGAGUUUGAAAAGAAGAAGGCUGUCCCGCAUCUUCGACCGAAGAAACACAAACUGAGUCCAGCAGAACCCAGUGAGUACGGCCAGAACCCGGAGACCAGGCUAGAACCAGUUGUGUUGAGUGAGGACGAAGAGGAGAGUGAGGAGGAAGAGGAGAGUGAGGACGAUGGAGACGAUGGAGACAGAGCGAUGGGGACGUCACAAAGCUGCAGCAGUCUAAGAGACCUGGAAAAGAAACAGGGUCAACAGGCUGGGAAGCCGGUUUGUGACUCCACUGAUGAUGAAGGUGUCGACUGGCCGCUGACACGGAUCCCGUCUGCGUUCCUGCAGCUGGAGUUCACGUCGCUUCACGAUGGUCUGACACAUUCGGAGGCCAAUGGAAAGAUAACGAUCACUAAAUACGGCAUCACCUUACCUGUCAAAGGAGUCAAGGAGGGGAAGCUGAGCAUCGUGGCGUCUGAGGUUCGGGGUUAUGGUUUGUGGGAUGGAGGCGUGGCUCAGGACGGGACUCUGCUGGCUGGUUGGAAAGGUCCGGCCCCCUUGCUGCUUUUCCUGUGGGUGACGAACGCUCAGGCCAACCUGCUGCGGAGGGAGCUGUCGGCCAUCCACUGCUUCACUUUCUCAGGUCCGUUCUGUUCCUUACUCCUGCUGGUGUUGAAGGAGCAGCUGCAGGAGUUCCAGGAGGCUGUGUUGGCCUCCAUCCUGGACACGGAGGAGUACAGGAGGGGAUACUCUGGUGGGCCGACCUCCCCUCUGGACUGGACCGACGGGCUGCUGCUCCUCCAAAGCUGUCCUCCUCCUCUGGACCAGUACCUCCUCAGACUCCUGGGUCAAUCUGCACAAACGUCCAGUCAGGUGAGAAGCAGUGAGAGGAAUAAGAAGUGGCGCCUGAGCUCUGCUGGGCUGCAGCAGCUUCCUACCAGGUUGAUCCAGUACCCUGCUGCGCCUUGUAAAGGCCAGAUCUCGGUGACAAAGGAGGACCUGGCCUGUUUGGACGAUGGCGAGUUCCUCAACGACGUUAUCAUCGACUUCUACCUCAAGUAUCUCCUUCUGGAGGGAGUCGGCGGCUCUGUGGCCGAGCGGAGUCACGUCUUCAGCAGCUUUUUCUACAAACAGCUGAGCAGACGUAGAGCUGCCGGGGAGGACGACUGUGUCCCUGAUUGUCACAUGAGGCAUCAGAGGGUGAAGACAUGGACUCGCCACGUUGACAUUUUCGCCAAAGACUUCCUGUUCGUGCCUGUCAAUCAAGGGGCUCACUGGUUCCUGGUGAUGAUAUGCUUCCCGAGUCGGGAGAAAGUCCGGUACGAGGUCUUUCACAGUCGAGCGGGGAGAUCUGAGCGAGCGGCAGGAAAACCAAACCUCAGUCUGAGACCACAACCACCACCACCACCGGUGGUCACUCAGGAGGGCUGGCAGAACGACACAGUGUUAAACAGGCCGUGCAUCCUCAUCAUGGACUCGAUGAAGAUGACGCACGAUGAGAGCAUCGCCAGACUCCUCAGAGACUACCUGCAGGAGGAGUGGCAGGUCCGGAGGGGGACGCCUCGGCUCUUCACGUUUUACAACUUCAGGAGCAACACCUGCAGAGUUCCACAGCAGGACAACUGCAGCGACUGUGGGCUGUACCUGCUGCAGUACGUGGAGAGCUUCCUGCAGAACCCCAUCGUCCACUUUGCCUUCCCAGUCAAUUUGGGCGGCUGGUUUCCGCGGCAGCGAGUCAAUCGGAAGCGGCAGGAGAUUCGAAGCCUCAUCAUGAAGAUGCACAAGAGUCAGCAACAUUUGUAGGAGCCAUGAAUUUUUUUUUUUCCUAUUAGUAAGGUUAAAGGAUAUUGUUUGUUUGGUUUUUGUUUUGUUUAUUAUUAGCUGAUAUCACUUGUUGGUUGAUUGAACAUUUACACAUGUGCAGUAGUGUGGCACAUAACACUCAUUUAUCCCAAAAACAAGCUGCUGCUUCUUCUCCUUUACAAUAUAAACCUUAUUUAUGUUUAUUAUUAAUCAGUCUCUUUUCAGAGGAGCACAGCUCUUAUUUUGAAACCUAAACUGACUUCAAACAGGAUUUCAGUUUUUGUUCAAAGAAUAAGUUCAGAAGUCAGAAGAAGCCAAAAUGAAAGCUUCCACUCCUUCCUCUUCCUGACUAUGAUCAAUGUUAAAUUGAAUAGUUUUUCUGUUUUGUAUUUAUUUCUAAA